AUGAAAAACGAAAUUCACAUUACUUCACGAGAUCCUGGUCCAUGGGUAGUUGAUAGUGCAAAGCUGUUGAUUGGUGGAGUAACAAUAUUAAGUCUGACGUCAAAGUUGUCAUUAAGAUCAGAUCAAAAAGUUCUGGCAAAGUUGUUUGGAAAAGAAUAUGGUGUUGAUAAAAUAGAUUUCAAAAUCGGUAGCGAUUGA